CAUUUCCGGUUUCUUCAAUGAAACACACAAAAGAGCACAGGCGAUAGAUAGCCUUAGCUUUUCUUUUGUUAGACGGUUGUCUGAUGACGGGUUUGAGGUUUAGCUAAUGGUUUGACUGUUUUUAAAUAAAAAUGUCUUCAUUUUAGCCUCGGAGAGAGUUUAUGAAAGAGCUGGUAACUGAAGAAACAUUCACAGAGUUGAAAGAAAUCAAUGUCAAGAUGGAGGAAGAGAUGGAGGAUCAGCGCGGACUGAUGGACUUCAGCCGGAUACCGAAGAUCAUCUUACACCGAAUAGAUCUCCCACAAUGCUGUAAAGAGGAGGAGGUUCUGAAUGAGCUCAGCAACCCAGAGGAAAAAUCCACUUUGGAUCAAGAGGAACCAGAACCUCUGCAGAUAAAACAGGAUCAAGAGGAACCAGAACCUCUGCAGAUAAAAGAGGAACAACAGGAAUCAGAACCUCUGCAGAUAAAACGGGGACAAGAGGAACCAGAACCUCUGCAGAUAAAACAGGAACAACAGGAAUCAGAACCUCUGCAGAUAAAACAGGAACAACAGGAAUCAGAACCUCUGCAGAUAAAACAGGGACAAGAGGAACCGGAACCUCUCCAAAUGAAACGGGAACAUGAGGAACCAGAACCUCUACAGAUAAAACGGGAACAAGAGGAACCAGAACCUCUGCAGAUAAAACAGGAGCAAGAGGAACCAGAACAUCAAGAGUUCAAGGAGGAAGAGAAGCAACUCUGCAUCAGUCAGGAUGAUGUGCAUGUUGUGCUGAAACAGGAGACUGAUGACAUUUUGGUGAACAAACAGCAGAAAGGCACAACUGAGACUUCAGAACAAGAAACACAAAAGAAAGCUCAACCAAACCAAAAUCUAUAUUCUUGUAAAAUUUGUGAUAAAAACUUUUCCCGAAAUAGUUCUUUCAUGAUACACGUGAGAACUCACACGGCCAAGAAACCUUUCACAUGUUCAAACUGUGGAAAAAAUUACCCUCGCAAGAGUCGUUUAAUUGAUCACAUGAGAAUUCAUACAGGUGAAAAACCUUUCACAUGUACAACUUGUGGAAAAAGUUUCCGGAGGAAACCUGACUUGGUUAGUCACAUCAGAGUUCACACAGGUGAGAAGCCAUUCUCAUGUGGAAACUGUGGAAAAAGUUUCCGGAGGAAACCUAACUUGGUUCGUCACAUCAGAGUUCACACAGGUGAGAAGCCAUUCUCAUGUGGGACCUGUGGAAAACGUUGUGCUCACAAGAGUCGUUUAAUUGAACACAUGAGAAUUCAUACAGGUGAAAAACCUUUCACAUGUGGAGCUUGUGGAAAAAGUUUCCAUCGCAGAAGCACUUUAAACAGACACAUGAGAACUCACUCAGGUGAGAAGCCUUACAAGUGCACAACCUGUGGAAAAAGUUUUGUGUCUAAAUCUGAGUUAGUUUCUCACAUGAAGAUUCAUACAGGUGAGAAGCCUUUCUCAUGUGGAAACUGUGGAAAAAGUUUCCAGAGGAAAUCUAACUUGGUUAGUCACACCAGAAUUCACACAGGUGAGAAGCCAUUCUCAUGUGGGACCUGUGGAAAAAGUUUUGCUCACAAGCGUUGUUUAAUUGAACACAUGAGAAUUCAUACAGGUGAGAAGCCAUUCUCAUGUGGUACCUGUGGAAAAAAUUUCACUCUUAAAAAAAGGUUAACUGUUCACAUGAGAACUCACACAGGUGAAAAACCUUUCUCAUGUGGAACUUGUGGAAAAAAUUUCACUUAUAAAAAAAAUUUAAAUAUUCACAUGACAAUUCACACUGCUGAGAAGCCUUUCUCAUGCAAGAUCUGUGGAAAAGGUUUUCGCAGGAAACCUGACUUGGUUUGUCACAUGAGAACUCACACAGGUGAAAAACCUUUCUCAUGUGGAACCUGUGGAAAAAGUUUCACUUAUAAAAAAAGUGUAAAUAUUCACAUGAGAAUUCACACUGCUUAGAAGCCUUUCUCAUGCAAGAUCUGUGGAAAAAGUUUAACUCAUAAAAAAAGUUUAAAUGCUCACAUGAGAUUUUACACAGGUGAGAAGCCUUUCUCAUGUUCGACCUGUGGAAAAUGUUUUGCUGUAAAACACCUUUUACAUUUUCACAUGAAGACUCAUGCAAGAGAGAAGUCUUUCUCAGGUGGGACCUGUGGGAAAUGUUUCUCUCAAAAAUACCUUUUAACUUUCAUCAGAAUUCACACAUGUUAGAAGUAGCUGUGCAAUGAUUUAUCAGCCAGCCGAUUCAUUUGUGUUGAUAUCCUUAAUUUUGGGACGUUGGUGAUCAGCAGAUACAAGCAUGUGAAGCUGAUCUGAUCAUCCAAUUUUAUUGACCUGAGCUUUUGUCCUGUUCUCCUCCGUUGAGAGGUUUGACUAUUAGACCUGCCCACCUCGUCAUGUCUGCACAUUUGCAAUCGGUGCACCCUUGGUGAAAAGCGAGGAAAUUGUUUUGUGUGUAGAUCCAGUUUUAGUCAUCACAUGAAGAUUCACACGGGUUAGAAGGCUUUCUUUUAUAGGUGCUGUAAAAAAAGUUUCACUGAUUGGAAAUGUUCACCGUUCACAUGAGAACUGACACGGGUUUGGUGGCACAAUGUAACUUUCUGUUUGGAAGUGGUGUAAUUGGAACCGACACAUUUUAUUCUGGCACUUUUUUAUUUCCAUUUUAUUUAAUGAGACUAAGGGAGUUGUUUCUCUUAGAGAAACAAUGACUUUGAAUGUUUUAAGAUAUAGACCUCUAAAGUUUUUAAACCUUUAUAGUGUAUUUAUCCUUUGAACUUUUGUUUCAAUGAUUUGGAGAAGUGGAUGCAUUUAUUUGACAUGGUUUUAAUGAUUUUUCUGCUUAAAAAAUGUAUUGAUGAUAUGGUUUGAA